AUGCAAGCGACCCCUCCGUACGAUGACAUCCUCGAGGAUGAAACGUUGGCGCCACUCAAGCGUAACCAUGCUUGCCUUCAGUGCAAGCGUCGCAAAGUCAAGUGCGAUGGUGUGCGGCCGACGUGUAACCCAUGCUUGCGCUCGCAUGCACACGCCCUCCGUUCCGCCCAGCGCAACAAGAGCCGGUCGCCGGCACUGGUGUGCACAUACGCUGACAACGACGAUGUGAUCCUCGAGGCCGAGCCAGAGCGGAAACGUGUGAGCUUGGGCUCGGCUUCGACGUCGGCAGCCAAGCUCAAGAAGCAAGCCGUGGGUGGCGGCGAGCGCAACUUCCAGCGUGAGAAGGAGCGCCGUGGCGCUGAGGAGCGUGACACACUGAAGGCGCGCAUCGCGGAGCUCGAGGCACGUCUGGCUGACCUCUCGACCAACGAGAUUAUCCCAAACGGCUCCUUGAACCGUUCCAAGUCGGAAUCGCCAGAGAACAUUCCCAUGAUCGACACCAAGGUGCUGAACGGGAAUGCUGCGUGGACCAUACCGAUGCAGGCCUUCCCUGCGUCGCUUGCGGGUUUCGACUCUCAGCCGUCCACUGCCGCACCCAUUCUCAGCAUAGAAGCCGGCGAGCCUGGCCUGUUCCAGUCGUUCGACUUCUCCAACCUGCUUAUGCUGCCGAACAACUGGCCCAGGAAUUUGCCGUCGCCAGCAAUUCUGGAACAUCUCAUUGAGACGUUCUUCCAGAGCGAGCCGCAGCUGCCCCGCAUGAUUCACCGCGCAACCCUCCUCUCCCGCAUCCGGCUGGCACCCAACCACCCCGAUUUCCCUGCCCCCGAGCUGCUCCAUGCGAUCUGCGCUGCGGCCGCUCCGCACACUGCCUGUGUCAACACCCUCAAUCCGCUGGACAUCGACGACAUUCGCCGCGCGCAUAUUGAAUCCGGGAUGGACCUGGAGACGGCGAGUGACUUUGCGACGGCCCAGUGCGAGGCCGCCGAGCGCUGUAUACGCUACAAGACACUUGUCAGUGGCAUGCUCCAUGGCCAGCCGCUGUUCGACGUUGUCCGGGCACAUAUCAUUCUGAGCCAAAUCUACCUCAAUGCCGGCCUGGCUCUGCGCGGCUGGAUGACCGGGGCCCUCGCCGGUCGCAUCAUCAAGGCGCUCGAGAUCUCCACCCGGAAUCUGCGCAAGGCAGACAAGCCUCCCCUCAUGGAUGCCCCCGAGAGUGACCGCGAACGCGAGGAGCGCGUCGCAACCGUAUGGAUAGCAUAUAUUCUCGAGGCGAGCUUCGCGAGCAACGCAUGCUGGGCAUCCAGCCUCACUCUUGACGAAAUCUUCAUUCGCUUGCCGACAAGCAGUAACGAGUGGAACCAGCGCGUCGACCAAACUGGAUACAUGAAGGAGAACCCGCAGACCGCGCACGACCCCAACGUACUUGUCUACCACCCUGUUCCCGAUCCCUUCGUUCUUGUUGUCAAGUCGUCCUUGCUCCUCGGCCGUAUUGCGAGCUGGGUGUACGAUUGGAACCAGCGUGUCGUCCAACCAGGUGACGCGUACGAGGGCAUGAAGCUGCCAGCGUUCCUCAAGCUAGUCAAUGAUAUUGAUGCGUUCCAAUCGCACCUUCCACCCGAGCUCAAGAAUGUCUACCGUCUCAUCGACUCGGGCAACAUGGGCCAAUUCACUGCCGACCUGUUGAGUGUCCACGUUUUCCCGAACCUCGCUCUCAUGCUCCUCCACGAGCCAUUCAUGGAGUGGGGCAACGAGGAGGGACCGAACAUGGGGGCGAUUGCGGCAGUCCAAAACGCUUUUGAGCGGAUUAUGGGCAUCGUGCACCUCGUCCCUUCCCAACUGGACAUUACGAUGUUGUUCACCCCAAUGCUGGCGUUCUCGCUGUUCUCCGUUGGGCGGAUCGUUAGCAAGUUUGCCUGCCGCGCAAGUAAGAGUGAACAAUACGCGCUCGCUAUGCGCUGGCGCGCGGACCUCAUUAGCAUCAACGGCCUGCUCGGCCGCUACGCCGAGAAGCAUGCGCUCGGUAUCCACCUCCAAGUCUUCAUUGCUUCGCAUGUCAAGAUGCACGAGGAGGGUCGCCAGGAUAUGAUGAGCAUGAAGGAGAUUUGCCUUGCCGACGUUAAGGGAUCUAUCCCAAGCGCUUCAGCCAGCGUCAAGACUCCGGGCACCAACUCGGACACGGACAUGGGAACGCGAUCUUCGGAGGCCUCUGUCUCUGGUACGGCUACGACGUCUCCGUCGGUGCCCACUUCCCUGGGGCGGACACCUGAAAGCAUAGACGCGAUGGAUGCGGCAACCUACUCAUCUGGCAGCGCCAGUACGACACACCUCACUCCCGACUAUCUCCAGCCACAAAACAUGCAGCAAACCCUCGGGAGACAAGAUGGCGGAGGCUAUGAUCCAUCCGUCUUCGAGUUCUUCGAUCAGACGGCGGCUGCGCAAGCCCAGGCGGCGAUGUGUGACAUGACAACCAAGAUGCCUGACGGCCCACAGAGUCCGCUCUCGGAGCUGCUCGCCGGCCUAAACGCCAACAACAUGGGCCCAGGUGGCACACCGAAUGGCUUUGUGAAUCUUAUGGGAGAUAUUCCAGGGUGGAACUACAACCAGUUUGCGAACUAG